GGCGGGAUCGACCCGUCCCGGCGUUUCGGAGACGCGCGAAGCGAUUCGGAUCGCGAUCGCGAGUGGGAGCCGGAGCCGCAGCCGCAGCCGCAGCGGGCAGGGAGAGCCCCACCGCCCUCGCCAUGUCCCACUCGGUGGUCCUGCGUGGCCCUUCGCCGUGGGGGUUUCGCUUGGUGGGCGGGAAAGACUUCAGCGCCCCCCUGACCAUCUCCAGGAUUAACCCUGGCAGUAAAGCAGCCAUGGCAAACCUGUGCCCAGGAGAUAUUAUUCUGGCAAUUAAUGGAGAGAGCACGGAGAACAUGACGCACCUAGAAGCACAAAACAAGAUCAAAGCGUGCAUGGACCAGCUACUGCUCUCCCUCAACAGAGCCGAAGGGAAGACCUGGUCCCCCCCAGUUCUGGAAGAUGGCAAGGCUCAAGCGUACCGGAUCAACAUAGAGCCGGAACCGCAGGACAACGGGCCUGCCCAGAGCAGGAGGCCGAUGCCCCAUGGGGCUGGGGGCAACCCCAUGGAGACCAAGCAGAUGGUGAACGUGCAGCAUCACCACCCAACCCGGCUCUACGCCAACAGCGGCCCCGAGGCGGCUCUGCCGGGCCAGCUGAGCGGGCUCCACAUCGCCCCUGCCCAGAGCCUCGACCCCUUGAAGUCUCUCCCACGGAACAGAAACGGGAUUGAUGUGGAGUCAGAUGUCUACAAGAUGCUUCAGGAUUAUGAAAAACCCGUUUCGGAGCCGAAGCAGUCCGGAUCCUUCCGGUACUUGCAGGGCAUGUUGGAGGCUGGUGAGAACGGUGAAAAACUCGACAAACUGAGCAACCCCCGAAACGUCAAGUCCCCGGUGUCAAAGCUUGGCGGUGCCAUGUCCGGGCUGCAGAUGCUCCCCGAGUGCACCCGCUGCGGGAACGGCAUCGUGGGCACCAUUGUCAAAGCUCGGGACAAGCUCUACCACCCCGAGUGCUUCAUGUGCGACGACUGUGGGCUCAACCUGAAGCAGAGAGGCUAUUUCUUCAUUGAAGAGCAGCUGUACUGCGAGACGCACGCCAAGGAGAGGGUUAAGCCCCCCGAGGGAUAUGACGUGGUGGCUGUUUAUCCCAACGCCAAGGUUGAACUCGUCUAAACCCCGGGCUGCGCUCUGGAGAGGUCGGCGGCCGCGCGCCCACCCACGUCCUCCCCGCCGGCUGCGCAAUGUGGCUACAAUCAACCCCGAUUACCAAAGCCCAAGUUAAAAUGCCUUUUUCCUAGAUAAAACCGUUUACACUUGGGAUCUCCUGGGGGAUGGUGUUGAAAGCAUACGAACAGGUUUUUCCCUUCUUUUUGACACUCCGCUUUUUGGGUUGCUGUGUUGGGUUAUUAGUCUGUGCCUUAACCUUAUCCAAGAUCUGUGUAAAUACUGAUUAAUUCUCUACUUUGUUUCAUAUAAAACCAGUAUUCCUUUUUUUUUUUUUUUUCUCCCCUCUCUUCUUCUGAAAAAGCAAGGAAGACGUUUUAAAAGCUCAAAGAAAAUAAGGCACUUUAACAAAAGAAGCUGACUCCUAUGUCCUGACCUUAAUCUCCUGCCCUCCGGCUGCCCCGGUGAUUAAAAACCGACCCCUCCGAGGAGUCUGGGACACGGUACCGGAGGUUGGGGGUCCCCAGCUCAGCCCCAUCCCAGCAGAUGUGCCGGGGAAAGGGCGGUCUCUUAAAACAGUAUUCGCUGUGAAAUUCCCUGGAUCAGGGCACUGCAGUUUGAGGCUGACACGGACCGAUCCGAGUUCCCCGAGAGAUCUCCACAGUGCGCGUGCGACGAGGCUUUUUUUCUUCCUUCCCUCACUCCUAGUCCAGUUGUUCUCUAUCAUCUAAUCACCCGAGCAGCACCUUCAAAGGACACUGAAAUAGCACGGAGCCCACCUCGGCUAUUCCCACCUCCCCGCUCCUGCCUCACGGCUGUCCCUGCUUUGGCCGUUCUGACUCUUCUUCCCCAGCUUUUGCUAUAUUUUUGCAGUCCUUUAUUUCUAGAUCCCCAGACUGCUGCCAUGGGGUCUGCCCCGCAGCGGGAGGCGGCGAUGAAAUCCCUCCAGGCCCUUAAAGAAGUAACUGGAGCGAGGGGUGACCCAGCUGCGAGCCCCCAUCCAGGGGCAGCGGGUGCGGAUUUGUACCCCCAUCCCAAGGCUGCGCUUUCCGCCAGCUCCAUUGCCCGCUUUAUUUGCCAGGAAAAUGAUUUUGAGGAUCUUGGGAUGUUGCUUUGUUGGGGAAAUGUUUUUUUCACGUUAGUGGUUGGAGGAGAGAGAGGGUUGAGUCACCCAGCUGCUGUGUGCCGCUGCGGGUAGAGGUAGGAGCCGUGUGUUUGAUACCACGAGGUUAUUUCUGCUUCCUCCUCCUCAAUUCAGAGAGGGAGGAUGGAGGGGAGAAAAAGAAAUGUCUGCGCUCGCUUCUCUUCCAUGGAAAAGAAAAUAAGAGAUGGAGUGAUGGCCAAAGCACUUCUUCCCCUUCUGGCUCUCCAUAACAGGGGUCUGAGAAAUCCGGGACUGGAGGAGGGUCGGGAGCAUUAUCCCGGUUGGGGCUGGGCGUGCAAUUUCUUCCUACGGGUGCUGUACCCCAGAGGGACUAAGGAUUUUGGGGUGUUACAGGGGCACAUCUAGACCUUUUCUUAUAUGGUGCCUUAUAGGUAGGGAUUUAGGCAGCUCCUGCCCUGUCCCGCAGGGCUGCAUCGCGCUCCUGCAUCCCGCUGGGUACAGCCUCGCAGCCGGAGGGAUGCUGGCUCUGCCGGGUCCUGCUAGCAGCAGAACAUCCACCUCCCCUCCUUCUGCCAUCAGGAUUUUUAAUUGUUAAAGUACAAGAAAUGUGGAAAUUUUUAUCACAGCGCUCAGCUUUGUUUUUCUUGCGCAGUAGUUUGGACCAUCUGAAGGGGAAUACUUGGGACAACCGUAACUGAUGAGGAGACUAACAAUAACCAGGUGGGAAGCAGUUGCUGCCCUUCUUUGCAGGCCCCUGCUUGGAGCUGGUUGGUGUCAUUGUCAGAAACAUUUGUUCUGAAUUCCUCCAUUAACCUCCUGCCUUGCUGGGCUGAGCUCCGGUGCCUGUAGCUUGAAAGCUCAGGCUUCACCCAAACCCAGGACUGAAUCCAGCUCGGCUGAGCAAUGGAAAACUCAUGACAUGAAUGGCACAGGGGGGCUUUUCCCAUUUACCAUGGCUGACGGCCGCUGCUAGCCGGGGCUGUGUUUCACUCUGCAGCUCUUGUCCCCGAUCGACUCCAUCUGCGUGGCGGUUGCGUCCUGCUGGGGUGCCAGGCAUCCUGUCGCCCUGGCACAGGGAACACCUCAGAAAUUCCUAAAUUGUUUAAUUACCCUCAUUUUGAACACCUGAGCGGGCUACUCACAGGGCAUCCUUGGUGGUCUCGCCCGGCCGCUGUACCAGUACAGCAGUGGGAGCACUGGGCUUUUCUUUUUAAUUUGAAAGCAAGUUCCCACAAACCAAUUUUUCCACACGGUUGUCUCGUGAUACCCUUCCUUAGGAGUAAUCAACUCGUUUGAUUGCCCCCAAGGAGCCUAAAGCUGGACCCGCCUCGCACAACCCCAUCCUGGCGCAUGGGGAUUCCCGGCUUCAGGCCACCCCGUUGCCGUCGCAGGGGCUGCAGGAGCUGGGAGCCCCCCCUCUCAGUGAGUAACGCUGUUUAACGCUGCAAAACGUGGGGAG